AUGUCUGAGCUUUUCGCCGUCUACGAGUCUGAUUUCCAAUUGGCGAUCCAAGAGGCUCGGUCCAACAUCUCGGCUGCAUCUGCUGCCCCAGCAGACCAGCGUCAGGCCGCCUUACAGAACAUUGAGCGCUCUACAGACGAAGCGCUCGAGAUUCUUGAACAAAUGAACAUUGAAGUGCAAAGUUUGCCUUCCAAUCAGAGAUCCUCGCACAACGCCAAGUUGCGCCAGUACCGGAGCGAGGUUGACCAGAGCAAGCGCCAGUUGCGCGAGUUGCUUGAUGCGGAAGACAGGAAUCAGCUUUUUGGCCAGAGAUACACCGACGAAGACGAUGGUGCACACGACUCGCAGAGGAAACAGUUGUUGAGCAAUGCUGCAUCUUUGGACAGAACGUCGGAGCGUCUUCGCGACAGCCAGAGAGUGGCGCUUGAAACAGAGAACAUCGGAGGCAACAUCUUGAAUGACUUGCGGGCACAACGAGAACAGAUUGUCAAUUCGAGGAACACCUUGCUGAACGCAGACACGUAUGUGGACAAGUCGAUCCAGACGCUCAAGUCGAUGUCAAGACGUAUCACGGCCAACAAGUUUAUCAGCUACGCCAUCAUCGCCGUGUUGAUUCUUCUAAUAUUGUUGGUUCUCGCAAGCAAGUUCUGGUGA